ACGGAGACAGUCAACCCCUUCCAACAAAAUCUGGUGAAGUUCAUUGUAAUCGAACCCAAGUUUUAAAACAAGCAGAGUCGACAGGCAAAUUUAAAGUUUCGCACCGGCCAGUAUAUGCGAUGCGUUGAUCAAGCGGCGGAGAAGACCAGGCUCCCCAUAAAAGCGUUUCCUGGGCGUCGUAACGGCUGUGGAGGGCGGGGCCUCGGACCGGUGCGUGUGAUGGGAGAGGGCGGCAGGGGCGUGGCCUGCUUGGUUUGAGCGCCCUGCCCUGUGGAGCGUGCCGUUGUGAGACAGACCGACCCUGCAGAGAGGAGGGGUUCUGCGUUCACCUGGAACCAUGCUGAGCAUCAAACUGCCACAGCUCUUCCACAACCACCAGGUUCCCAGGGUGUUCCGGGAGGACGGCAUCAUCUCGGGGUACCGGCACCCCCGGAGCUCCGCCCUGGACUGCGUGCUGAGCAGCUUCCAGAUGACCAAUGAGACGGUCAACAUCUGGACCCACUUCCUGCCCACAUGGUACUUCCUGUGGCGUCUGAGCGCGCUCUGCUCCUCGCUGGACUUCCUGUCGGAGAGCUACACCUGGCCGCUGCUGGUGUACAUGCUGCUGAUCUGCGUGUACCCCUUCACCUCCAGCUGCGCCCACACUUUCAGCAGCAUGUCCCCCGAGGCACGCCACAUCUGCUACUUCUUCGACUACGGGGCGCUCAGCCUCUACAGCCUGGGCUGUGCUAUCUGCUAUGGCUUCUACGGGAUGCCAGACCACUGGGUGAACAGCUGGCUGCAGCAACAUUUUGUGCCCAUCGCCAUGGGCAACACGCUAGUCUGCACCGGGUUGUCAUGCUACUCCAGGUUUCUCGAGUUGGAGUUUCCUCGGAAGAGUAAGAUCUUACGCACAGGGGCAUUUGUGUAUCCUUUCAUCUUCGAUAAUAUCCCUCUCUUCUACAGACUACUGCAGUGCUGUGGGGGCUGCUGCAGCCACAGCGAGGCCCUGUCCAACCACUGCUACCACCUGCUGUUCGCCUUCCUCACCUGCUUCCUGUUCGCCUCGCACCUGCCCGAGCGCCUGGCCCCCGGACGCUUCGACUACAUCGGUCACAGUCACCAGCUCUUCCACGUGUGUGCGGUGGUGGGCACACACUUCCAGAUGGAGGCGGUAUUGGCGGACAUGACAUCCCGCCGUAGCUGGUUGGCCGCCCACUCCACCAGGCCCUCGUUCCUGGGCACCAUGGGAACACUGGCCCUGAGCCUCCUGCUCAACCUGGCCAUCAUUGGCUUCUUCAGCGCCACCCUGCUGUGGCCAUCCAAUCACUUCACUCCAAACCAAGAUGCCAGCCAGGAGCCAGCCAAUGAGUACAAGGAAAAGUGA